AUGUUUAGACGGAAAAAUCGUGGCCGCAGCGCCGAGCCACGACCAUCCGGGGCAAAUGUCCCAGAGUUUGUCAGUGCUUCUCCUCCUCCUCCUCGAGAUGCUGCUUCCAUGGAACGUUAUGGAUACGGAAGCACUCCCAGAGCAUCGGACUUUACCAACAUGUCGGACGAUGAAAUUAGUUUCAAGAGCAGUGGCAGCGCGGCAUCGAAACGAUUCAAGAAAAUGUUCAAAAAGAAGAAAAAGAAGAGCAGAAACCCAGAUGGCGGUGCCUCUGUUUCCAGUGCCUCCGUUUCCAAACAAGCUUGGUCGCCCUUUAGGACUGCCAGUCAGGAAUUUCAUGUGGAAGAGUCGGCACAUCGAAUGAAAACAAAUUCCAAAGAUCGAUUUCGUGUCAUGCCCGACGAUUCGUAUCCCAACACGUAUUUGAAUCGGGCCGAAAUGAAAGACGAAAUGAAUCAAAAGUCGGCGUAUUAUCAUGAUUUACGAGUGCCCUACCAAAAAGGCAAGGAAAUUGGCCAGCUUCGACUGGAGGUCUUGCAAUGUUUUGGACUUCCUACGACGUCAGCGACCCGGGAGGUCUCGGCCUACGCGAUUGCCGUUUGUGGUUCCCAUGCCUUCAAAACAGAUAUGCUGCCUCCGGAAAGAAAUCCCAUGUGGCUUAGCCAAAUGAGACGGGCUUGCAUGUUUCCCAUUCAAAAGGCCUAUGAUAAGAUCUAUCUGGGAGUCUUUGAUGGCAAGGCCGAAGGUCAGACAUCCACCACCUCGGACUUUAUUGGACGCAUUGUGAUUGAUGUGGCUCGAUUAAGGGCCGGAACCACCUAUGAUAUCACUUUGCCACUCCGUCAAUCGGCUCAUGUGUUUACCCGGAAUCAACAGGGGGCAAUUCGGGUACGAAUGCAUUUGAUUUGGGUCAGCGAACGAGCGGCCGUCCUGAGUUAUUUGCCCACCAGCAAACCAAAGUUUGUCCCGGACGAAAAACACAAGAUUAAUUGUCUCGACGAAAAGUCCUUUCGGAAUGUGGCGCAGUUGGUGCACGGAAGGCACAUGCCGGGCAAGUUUAGCAUGACAUUGCUCAAGUCGACCAUGCGGGAAAUGACCUUUACUCGGAUACACCUCUUUCGGUACAUACGGCGGAGAGAGAUUUACAAUCUUCGGUUUUGGGUGUAUCCAGCCAUAUCCGGCUUUGUCUUUUUUGCAUGGAUGCACUCGGUGUACGCUAAUACAUUUCGGUAUGUGCCAGGACACAUCUUGACCUACUUUUUGUUGCUCCUAUACAUGAAUUAUGCAUAUUAUGCCAUGGAUUCUCCCAUUCAAAAUGGAUUCGUGGCACCAUCCAUUGAAGAAUUGUUCAAUGCACUGGCAUAUGGGACCAAGGGGAAAAGGAAAAAGUACAUUGAGGCCUUGAAUAUGGAAUCAGAUGCCCAUGUGGUGGAUGCCGAAGAUUGCAUUGAAUUUGAACUUGCCAAAGGUCAGAUUAUCAAUCCGACCAAACGCCAAUUGUCAGAGAUUGCCGAAGAAAUGAAACGACGGAUCAAGGUCAAAAAGCAUAAGCAUCGACUCAAGACCUACAAGAAUGCUUUCUUGGGAACUGAGGUAGUCGACUUUUUGACCAGCAAUGGGUAUGCCUACAGUCGAUCCGACGGAGUCACUCUCGGUCGUCGUUUGGCAAAAGAACUGAAGCUCUUUGAGCCUGUGGUGGUCCAAGAAGACGAACUAAAAGAUGAACCACUGUUAUAUCAGUUCUUGGACUAUGACAGCAUUGAUAAAAGUAUGAUCAAAGGUCCAGCUCCAAAGCUCAAGAAAUUCUUCAGAAGUUUGGGAUUGGUGAGUCGUGGCAUUGACAGUAAACGGGAUCAUGUCGAAUUCCCCUUUUCCGAUGGCAAAAGCCAUCCUCGGUUCACCGUGAAACAAGCACUUGUGAUUUCAUCUUCACAGUCUAAGAAAAUGACGAGGGAAAGGGAAGAAGCCCGCGAGAUUGUGGAUUGCGCCGAGUUUGGAGUGGCACCAGCCUUUCAUGAUGAAGAGGUUGCCGAAGUUGCCCAGUCCUUGAACCCAGGACAGCUUGUCAAGACGGGUAUACGAAGAGGUUCCUUAGUAGCUAGUGCCACAUUGAAUGCGGCCACCAACUUGCCACACAAUAUCAUGAACCUUCCGCAGAAUAUUACCAAUGCUACCAAUCGUCGAAGGACGAUGGAAUUUGGAGAUCCCGAUGACCUCUAUGGACGGUUGAAACAACGAAACAAUCCUUCAUUGGAUGAACUUUUGGAAUCCAGAAAGUUGAAUGAUUCUAUCGUUGAUCAACACGCCUACGAUAGUGACGACGACGUAGAAACCAUCUUGAAGAGGCGCAAAAAAGGAACCGUGGUGGAGGAAAAGUUUCUGUUCAAACCCCCUAAUCAGGAAAUCAGCAGGAAUGCACCAACUUCUGGACAUUCGGAUAAACCAUUUGCAAAAUCCAUGAUGGAAAUGCGGCACAGGACCCACGGCUUGGUGGGUCAUCUCUUCAACGAUCGGGUUUACAAGGUUGACCAAGCUCUCUUUCCGAGCAGGAACCCAGAAGAGAAUAAGGAUACAGGCUCUGUCGCGACAAAGCGUGGCUUGUUUGGGAGAAAUAAAGCGAAUCAUGAUGGUGCGGACGAUGAAGACAAAAAGAACAACCGCACUCCAUACGAAGCAAGAGUUGAUGAGUACGACAAAAUUUUGCAGAUCCACAAGUACUCGCAUUCCAAUCCAUGGAUCAAUCGAGUUGCUGUUAUUGUACAACCAAUGAUUGAAAUUCUCCAGGUUGGAUUGUUCGCGUCGAGAGCAGGCUACAACGUGAUGACAUGGCAAGAUCCCAUCCUUUCUUUCUGGAUUGCGAUAAUCGGUCCAGUACUUGUAUUGAUGUUCCAUCUAAUGCCAUACCGAAUUUUGUUUGGAGUAAUUGGUAUCGUUCUGUUUGGACCGCAAAAUUGGCUCUACCGACUGUUCCAAGAGUCAAAACCAGGAUAUCAACCACCAAUAUUUGACAAAAUUGUCAAGUCGAAAUCGCUUCACAAGAACGAGCCAUAUUCUGAGAUUCAGCUGUUUUCGAGUAUGGCCCCAGGCAACCAACACAUCAAAUUCAAGAAUGUCGAUCCACAGCAGGUGAAACAGGUGAUUGUGCCCAACAGCGCGCUCAAGUACAGCCGUUUCUAUGAUUGGCCACCAGAACCUGAAUUUGCUCGGGUCCUCAAGGCACCCCCGCCAAGGAACAUUAAUGUCAAGACCAAGAGCGCACGUUCGUUCGACAUUGCUUCACAUGAUUCUGGAAUGUAUACGACGGAUUCCGAGGCGGAAGAUGAAGACGAAGGAGGAGAUGGAGAUGACGAAGAAGAGAAGGCAUCGUAUUGGUACGAUGCCACUCUUGCUAGAACCAAAAAGAAGAAAAAGAAGAAGGGAUUGAAGAAAGUCACUCACAAUGUGAAGAAGGGUGCCGGCGUCGUGGUCGGCACUACAGUAGAAGCCGGUGGGGCGUUGACCGGUGCUGUAGUCGGGGUGACGGGGGCUGUGGUCGGAACCACUCUUGGUGCAACCCUUGGUGUUGCAAAAGCCACUGGAAAGGCUACCAAGUAUGCAGUGAAGGGUACUGCCAAUCUUGCAGCUGGUGCGGUCGACGGGGCGAUCAAUGCUGGUAACCAUAUUGGACAAGGUUUGCGCAGGAGUAGUACGCUGAAUAAGGGAUUGGAACGAAAAGACUUUGAAUAUGACGAACCGUACAACGAUUACUAUGACUAA